AUGGCGGCUGCCACUCGUAGCGUGCAGUGUGCUGUGAGGAGAGCGAUGGUCCCUUCGUUGGUGGUGAUUUUAGGAGCUACCGGCACCGGGAAGUCAAAGUUGGCGAUCGAGCUCGGAAAACGGCUGCAGGGAGAAAUAAUCAGCGCCGACUCUAUGCAGGUGUACCAUGGUCUAGACAUCAUAACCAAUAAGGUGACUGCAGAGGAGUGCGCCCAGUGCAGACAUCACAUGAUCAGCUUUGUGGACCCGUUAGUAAGCAGCUACACGGUGGUGGACUUCAGGAACAAAGCCCUGGCUCUAAUAGAUGACAUGCACAGCAGAAACAAACUGCCAAUCGUUGUUGGAGGAACAAAUUAUUAUAUUGAGUCUCUGCUGUGGAAAGUUCUGAUUGAUGCAGCGGAGAACAAUGAGUCAGAGGAUGGAGGAGAUGGGGCUAAAAACAGGAAGUUGGAGCUGGAGAAACUGGGAGGAGCCGAGUUACAUAAACGCCUGAUGGAGGUGGACCCAAAAAUGGCUGCCAUGUUGCACCCCAAUGACAAACGCAAGAUUGCCAGGAGCCUGCAAAUCCAUGAGGAGACGGGCGUCCCCCACAGUCGCUGGCUGGAGGAGCAGAAAGGGCUGGAGGGAAGCACUGAGCUCGGAGGCCCGCUGAGAUACCCAGAUCCCUGCAUCCUCUGGCUGCACUCUGAAGUGGAUGCUGUCCUGGACAAGCGGCUGGAUGCUCGUGUAGAUGAGAUGUUGUCUGCUGGACUCAUAGAGGAGCUCAGAGAUUUCCACGUCCGCUUCAAUCAGAAGAAAGUUCAGGACGGCAGUCAGGACUAUCAACACGGGAUUUUCCAGUCGAUUGGGUUUAAGGAGUUUCAUGACUACCUAACCGCUCCUGAAAGCAGCACCCAGCAGGAGAAAGACAUCCUUAGAGAAAAAGGUAUAGAAGCUUUGAAGACCGCGACGAGGCGGUACGCCCGCAAACAGAAUAAAUGGGUCCGUAAUCGCUUCCUUAAACGAGCAGGAGACAACAUGCCAGCGGUCUAUGGCUUGAAUGUGACAGACUUGUCGAAGUGGGAGGAGAUGGUGAUGAACCCUGCACUGCAGAUACUGGACAGUCUCAGUAAGGGUGAGGAGCCGGCCAUUGCACCAAUCAAAGUAGAGGGGGCGAAGCAUGGAAACAAGCGGAGCUACAAUGCGUGUGAUCUGUGCGACAAAGUGAUCAUCGGGGAUCUGGAAUGGACAGCUCAUCUGAACUCCAAGAAGCAUCACUUUCAUGUGAGGAAAAAGAGGAAGCUUAAUCCGGCCUGUGACCGGUCCCAGAGUCCCGCUGCACCUCCCGCCUCCGAUGCAGAGACCGCAGAGAGCCUCUCAAAGGACGCCUGCGCUGCUCUUGCCCCGGACUGCAGCCAAACCUCUCAGGAGUCCUCACAAGACACACAAGGCAACGCGUGAGGAAGUACCUGUGACAUUGUAACAGCUGCACUGACUGUGGACUACAUACAUCAUCAUUCAGGUUCCCAACACAUCUCUGAAUUAAGAAGUGGAUAUUUUGUUGCUUCCUAUAGAACCAUAUGGAACCUUUUUGAUCCUGCUGAUGAAUUUUUAUAUACAGCGAACAUUUCUCAGUCUCAUGGGCUCAGAGUAUGGAAUUCUUGAAAUGGUUCAUUUGGUUGGAGUAGAGAUAUUGAUGAUCUUUACAAUUCCAGCAAAAGCAGCUCUAAAUGACAAAUUGUAUAUUUGGUGGUGUGUGCAUCUAAAACACAGAGUGUUUUGUGUUACUCCCUGAAAAGCCAAGUUCAAUUGUAAGAAAAAGGUUUAUUUUUCUAAUUUUUGCAGAAUGUGCCUUAAAUGAAGGUUUAUUGUUGCUGCCUGCUGAAAAUCUACAGAAGAGUAAGUAAGCAUUGUAGGAUUUAAGUUUCUUGUCUCCUGUUAAAUCACUAUGCACCUUUAACUUAAGCUGAAAAUGUCUAAUAAACCAAAAGAUGUCAGUUUCUCAGCCAGUGGAAGAAAAAUGUGCUUUUGUCCCCGAAGUAAAAACUAA